UCAUCAUCCGGCGUUCGGACGAUGGUGGCGGGCGCCUUUCCUAUCGCCAAGCUGCUGACCCUCGGCGCCCGCCAGCUCAGCCGCCCGCUGGCCGCCCGCAUCAAGGCCGGGGCCCGCGCCAGCCCCUUCUUCCGCACCUACAUCUGCCUGCCUCCCGCACAGCUGUAUCACUGGGUGGAGAUGCGAGCCAAGAUGCGGAUCAUGGGCUUCCGCGGCGCCGCCGUCAAACCGCUGAACGAGGAAGCGGCCGCGGAGCUGGGGGCCGAGCUGCUGGGGGAAGCCAUCGUGUUCGGCGUGGGGGGGCUGUGCAUCUACCUCGAGUACGCCCGGCAGGCGGGGCAGUCGCGGCGACGAGAGGAAGAGCAGGCGGCGGCCAUGCGAGACAUGGCGGCGGCGCUGGAGCGCAUGCGCGGCGAGCUGGACGCGCUGCUCGCCGAAAGGGGCGGAGUGACGUCGAGCCCCGCCCCCGUCACGAGCCCCGCCCCCAAGGCAAACCCCGCCCCCACGGCACAGCUCGUUCCCGCCCAUUAAAGCGCCCCCGCGCUCUUCCCGGCGGCGGGCUGUGAGAAGGGGGCGUGGCCGCGGCGCGGGGGCGGAAGGGGCGGGGUUAAUAAACGUAGGGGCGUGGCUUUGUCCAUACAUGGUUGUCGAUAGCUGCUCGAGGGGCGUGGCCAAAGCCUUUUCUGGGCGUGGCUUGGACGAAUCAGGUUCUAUUCGCUGAGCACGGUUUUGGGGCGUGACUUAAGGGGGGCGGUGCUAAAGAUGCCGUUGGUUUGGAUGAAGGGGCGUGGCCAAUAGUGGGCGUGGUCCCAAGGAGGCGUGGCGUUGUGAGGCUCAAUGUGUUUGAAUGGAGGGCUCGGGGGCAGGGCCAAGGA